UCGAGAUCGACCAGUUGACCGAAUGCCUCCAUGCAGUGUACAUUGGAAAUAAAUUAAAAAAAAAUCAUUCUAUUUUUAAAUUUAGAAUAGCGUACGUGAAUUAACUGUACUGGGAUAUGUGGGAAUUAUUUUUUUUAUUAUAAACAAGUUUAACGGCCAGUGCUAUUUGCGGAGGAUGAACUUUGGAAAUCGUUAAGACGGGACUCAAUGAAGAUGGAACAAAUUAUUAUUUUGAUACUUUCAUCUAUUCUGUUGACGACACAUUUUGAAGGAACAAAUGCAGAUACCGUCUUAUCUGCAGUCUUAACUCCAACUGAAAGCGCUACCCUUCAGCGUCAAGAGAGAAGUUACUACGAAAGAUACGGCGAUAGACGUCCUUUAUACGAACGGCUGGAUUACGAUAGAUGUGGAAGAUGUGAUGACCGUUCUGACGACAGAUAUGAUGAUAGAGAUGAUUACGAUAGGGGACGUGAUAGGUAUGACGAUGACAGAAGAUCAAACAGACCGACAUCUGGCAGCAGGCAUGAUAAAAAUAAAGAUUACGACGACGAUGAUAGACGAUACAGUAAUGAUAGGAAGAACGGACAAAAGAACGGUACAGAAGAUGACAAUGAUAACGACAAGAAAAGACCAUAUGAUGACAAAGACAGACCCAGUAGUGGAAGGAAAGGUAAUAGAGAUAGACAUAGACAUGAUGACAGAGAUAGGUAUAGACCUGAUUAUUAUGAUAGAUUUUUAAGAGAUCCGUAUAGACAUGAGAGACCAUACUAUGAUGAUCCUUAUAGAGAACGGAGGCCAUAUGACAGAUAUCCUUAUUCAGAUAGAUAUGAUGAAGGAUACGGUGGCAGAUAUGAUGGGUAUGCUUAUACUGGAUACAGAAGACCUUAUUACGAUGAUCGGUAUGAUAGAGGAAGCACAUAUGACGCCUAUGGAGGCUAUGGUCCUGGUGUAGGACGAGGACCACAUGAUAGUUUUAGGCCGUGGGACGAGACAUACCGCGGCCAAUCGGGCUGGGACUCCGGCGGCCGAGGGUACUACUUCGCAUCAGGACGUCCUGACACCGCCCAGGCUCAGUACUGGGGACGACCUGAAUACUCCAGACCACAAUCCAGUUCCGGCAGUUGGCAGAGUGUUGGAUAUUCCAGCGGCUACAGAGACCCCGCCCUGGACUAUCGCGGCUCCUUCGGCUAUGGUCAGACAGGAGGGUACCGACAAGACGUCAGCUCUUACGGGCAGUCCAGUGGUUGGCAUAGCGUUGGAGAACGACGACCUUAUAGAGAUCAAAGCGGCGUCAGUCAAUUAGACAACAGCAAUCCUGAUAGCAGAUACAGUCAACCAGUCUACGGACAACAAAAUGGUUUCCAGCCCAACUAUGGUGUGAGCAGCACAACACUAGCCACAAGCUACUUACAUGAAAGAGAAGACGAUAAUAUAGUGACAGCUAAAUCAGAUGACAAUACAACUAAGCCGCCAUCGUAGAUUUUUAAGAGUUUGAAUAUGUAAUGAAUAAAAUCCACUCAAUUAUUGUAUAACACCUCUUAUAUUUUGCUUAAGGUAUAAAUUUAAUUUUAGUUUUAAUCAGAUCCGUGUUAAGAGUGCAAGGCGUGCUGGACGCCUAGCGCCAGAUUAUGGGCAACAAGUCCUGCAAAGCGCCAGCCAAUCACAGUCGACCGCCCAAUAUCGUUAAGACGGCAUCCGUUGUAAUUAUAGUUAAAGUAAUAAAUAAACCUUGAAAUUAAUAAUUGAUA